UAGGCGGAGCAGUAUUUGGCAGGACUGCCUUCUCUCUACCGUAAUGAAUGACAAUAACUAGCAGCACAGAGUGAUCUCCUCCACAUUCAACCAGUCGAUCACAAACCUGUUAGGAUUUAGGAAAACCUUAAAAGGGAAUUAAUACAAGGAGGAAUCAUGAGUAACGAAUAUGAUGUGAUUGUCAUCGGUGGAGGCAUUUCAGGUCUUUCUGCUGCUAAAUUACUCUUUGAAUCAGGGUUGAGUGUUGUGGUUUUGGAAGCUCGUGACCGAGUUGGAGGAAGAACUCACACAAUACGAAAUAAAGAGGUACAGUAUGUAGAUGUCGGUGGAGCAUAUGUUGGACCAACGCAGAAUCGCAUACUUCGAGUGGCCAAAGAACUGGGUUUGCAGACAUACAAAGUGAAUGUAAAAGAACGGCUCAUCCACCAUGUAAAGGGAAAGACACAUGCGUUUCAUGGAGCAUUCCCACCUUCAUGGAAUCUAUUUGUUAUUCUAGAUUAUAAUAAUCUUUGGAGAACGAUUGACAAAUGGGGAGAAGAGAUACCCGUCGAUGCUCCGUGGAAGGCACCCCAUGCUGCAGAAUGGGAUCAAAUGUCAAUGAAAGAGUUUAUUGACAACGUUUGCUGGACAAAGCUUGCAAAGAGGUUUGCUCUACUCUACGUAAAUGUGAAUGUCACCUCAGAGCCUCAACAGGUUUCUGCUCUUUGGUUCCUGUGGUACACAAAGCUCUGUGGUGGAACAGAACGGAUGUUUUCUGUGACGAACGGUGGCCAGGAAAGAAAGUUUGUAGGAGGAUCUGGACAGAUAAGUGAGAAACUAAUGGAUUGUCUCCAAGGACGAGUGAAGUUAGAGAGACCAGUUGUAAGCCUUGACCAAUCAGGAGACAAAGUAAUCGUGGAAACCUUAAAUCAUGAAAUCUAUCAGGGGAAGUAUGUUAUCAGUGCCAUACCACCAAUUCUAACUACAAAGAUCCACUUUAAACCACAACUCCCUCCGGUCAGAAACCAGUUAAUUCAGCGUCUUCCAAUGGGAUCUGUUAUUAAAUGUAUGAUGUACUACAAGGAAGCCUUCUGGAGGAAAAAGGAUUACUGUGGAGCUAUGUUUAUUGCCGACGAUAAUGCACCUGUUGAGAUUACAUUAGACGACACCAAGCCUGAUGGAUCUGUCCCAGCCAUUAUGGGAUUUAUCCUGUCCAGAAAAGCAACUGCACUGGCAAACCUGAGCAAGGAAGAGAGGAAGAAAAGAAUAUGUGAAUAUUAUGCCAAAGCAUUGGGUACAGAGGAAGCAUUGCAUCCGAUACAUUACGAGGAGAAGAACUGGUGUGAAGAGCAAUAUUCUGGAGGAUGUUACACUGCCUAUUUCCCUCCCGGAGUCAUGACUCAGUACGGAAGUGUCAUCCGUGAGCCGGUGGGAAAGCUGUACUUUGCCGGUACUGAGACUGCAACGCAGUGGAGUGGAUAUAUGGAAGGAGCUGUGCAGGCUGGGGAGAGAGCUGCCAGAGAAGUAAUGUGCCAGAUGGGGCUAAUUUCCGAAAGUGAAAUAUGGGUGCCGGAACCUGAAUCAGUGGAUGUUCCAGCCCUGCCAUUUAACAGAACGCUUUUGGAAAGAAUGCUGCCAUCCGCACAAGGAUUUGCAAGGUUCUUGACAUUCUUCGUCUCUGCUGCUGCUCUUGGGUUGUGUGUAUACAAAAAGGGUUGCAUUGUACAUGCAUGCAAGAAUUAAACUAAAAAUCACCUAAUCGUUUUCCAGCAGCUGGAUGUCAACUAACUUUGUUUUUUUUUUUUUUUUUUUAACUAAUCACUUUACUUAGACAACAUACAAUUUUGAUUGUAAUCCAUAUUGACCAAGAUUUCUUUAGCAUCCAUAAUCUGGUGACUAAUCAGUUCACAAUUCCAAAUAUUUGAAUGGUACAGUGUUUCAUACAUUACUGUACUAUAGAACAUGUUGAUGCUUUAUAAUGAAUACAGCUAAAUGCAAAUUAUACUUUUUAAAGCAUCUUAAGUGCUUACUAAAGAGUAAUACAUUCUAUGAGAUCAUAGGCUUCAGGGAGCAGUGCAUGAUUGUUUCUUUUUUACUUUAAUAAAUACAUUCUAAUUUUCUAGUUUAUUGAAGUUUGUUAAACUGCCCACACUAAUGAUCCAGGCUUUGUUUUAAGAUGAUUGUGGGAGUUAUAGUUCAUGAAAUGCCUCUAAGAGAUAAUGUGCCUAAUUCUAGCAUUAGGACAACAAGAUUUCUUGUACGUAAUACGAGUAUUUUUUAUCAUAAAUUGAUAUGAUGUCCAAUGAAGUUAAGAAAACCCUUCCAUAUAUUUUUUUUUAAUUGUCAAACUAUCAUAUAUAUUAAUAAAAAUGUAAAUAUGUUUCAUAAAGGCAGUUGACAUGUAAGAGGAUUAUAAAUACACAUGGUUAUUCAUGAAACCAGAACUGAAAAUGCAUUUUAUUUUUUACAUUAUGAAGACAAUGGCAAUUCUAGCACUUUCAUCUAGUAUACAGAUUACUUACUGCAUAUUUUGUAGGGGGAUAGUCACGACAUCUCCAUGUCCAGCUUGGAAUACAUUAUUCCAAAUACUUCAAAUGCAUUCUAAUUGUAAAAGUAGCCCACCGAUGCAUCAUAAUACCUUAGUUCAGAUUUAACAAUCUCCUAAUUAUUGGAAUGGAAAUGGAGCCUAACAUAUGCUGUAAAUACAGCUGCAGUGUACAGUCCUUUUUAUAAACUCAGUGGGGUAACCGUGACUGAAUCAUUAACAUAAACAAGCAUAUAACAAUAAAAAUUCUGCUGAAAUAAACAGAAAAUACACAAUUCAUAAUGGAAUCAGUACACAUCCAUGAGCUACUGUUUUUUUUUCAAAGCUACAUAAAAACACCCAUCUCAUAUAAAACAAAAGGUUGGUUUUGUAAUACCAUAUCGUGCAUAGACUGCCACUAUGCUAAUGUGCCACAGUUUUCAAACCAAUGUGUGGUUUUAAAGCUGGAGAACUUAUUUAAGAGAUAUGGAUGCUAUGGAAAAUUUGCAGUUACAAACUCAGGAAAAAAUAAAUUAGUUGGUAUGCUAGUCCUAUCUCAGGAAACCCUACAAAUGUCACUCUGCUGUCUCAAAGCAUAGAUACAUGCUGAGUUUCUGCUAUUU